AGUAAAGUUAAUAUUUCCAAGCCAACAGAUAAGGAAACUAUAAUCAAUCUAGUAAUGGAACAAUGCAAGCUUUUGUUUUUGCGCACACGAAAUCCUACUAAAAAAAUUCGGGAAACACUAGUUAAGAAGGUUGUUCCAUCGAUGGAUUCAGAUAUGACAGCUCUUGCCAAGGAUUUUCUUGUCAAAAAUUGUGAUCCAACUGAUAGCAAUAUCGAAAAGUUUGUUGCUGGUAAAGUCUGGCGACUAAAACUUAGCAAGUACCUUGAUGCCAGUGACUUCUCAGAGUUUAAAAAAUCUCAAUCUUCGCUCAAGUCUCUUGAAAAUUUUAUCACUGAAA